AUGGCCUCCCGGUCUCACUUGGUCCGUUUGCCAGAGCAAAGCCUUCGGAGAGCUGCUUUCAACUCGAAGAGGUCUUGCAUGCUGUGGCAGUCGUCGCGCGCUCUGUCAUCCAGUGCAUUGGGGUCGCAAAGAACUCCUGUCCUUUCCCGCAAGUCCCUGAGCCUUCUCACGAGCAUACCGUCCUCUGUCCAGUCAAAUCUGAAUGGCCUUGGGAGGAAACAGGUCCGCUUCUAUACGGAUUCGAUUGUCAAGGUCCCAGAAAUGGCCGAAUCGAUUACAGAGGGUACUUUGAAGCAGUUUUCAAAACAGAUCGGUGACUUUGUCGAGCGCGACGAAGAAAUCGCAACUAUCGAAACCGACAAGAUCGAUGUCUCCGUCAACGCCCCAGAGUCCGGUACUAUCAAGGAAUUCCUCGUCAGCGAAGAAGACACCGUCACCGUGGGACAAGAUCUCAUCAAGCUCGAACCUGGAACGGGUGGCGGCUCCAAGAGCUCGGAAGCACCAAAGGAAUCCGCAGAGGAGAAACCCAAAGCCGAGGAGAAAAAAGCCCCAGAGCCAGAGGCCCCGGCCAAGCCCAAGGAGGAGCCUCAAGCACCAAAGCAAGAACAAAAGCAACCUCCCAAGCCCGCGGCUUCCAAGCCAUCAGGACCUCAGCCGACUGAGCCUGCCAAAGCCGGAGCCCGUGAAGAGCGUCGCGUUAAAAUGAACCGGAUGCGCUUGCGCAUUGCCGAGCGUCUCAAGCAAUCCCAGAACACUGCCGCUUCCCUUACCACGUUCAAUGAGGUCGACAUGUCAUCUCUGAUGGAAUUCCGCAAGCUGUACAAGGACGACAUCUUGAAGAAAACCGGCGUGAAGCUUGGAUUUAUGAGCGCCUUCUCCCGCGCUUGUGUUCUCGCCAUGAAGGACCUGCCGGCCGUCAAUGCAUCAAUCGAGGGUCCUAACGGAGGCGACACCAUCGUGUACCGAGACUAUGUGGAUAUCAGUGUAGCUGUCGCGACUGAGAAGGGUCUGGUUACCCCGGUUGUCCGCAACACUGAGAACAUGGAUCUCGUCGGCAUCGAGAAGGCCAUCGCCGAUCUUGGCAAGAAGGCUCGCGACAACAAAUUGACUAUUGAGGACAUGGCUGGCGGAACCUUUACUAUCAGCAACGGUGGCGUCUUUGGCUCGCUCAUGGGCACGCCUAUCAUCAACUUGCCUCAAACUGCUGUCCUCGGACUUCACGCUAUCAAGGAAAAGCCCGUGGCAAUCAAUGGAAAGAUCGAAAUCCGACCGAUGAUGUACCUGGCCCUGACCUACGACCACCGUCUCCUCGACGGCCGAGAAGCAGUCACAUUCCUUGUGAAGGUCAAGGAAUACAUCGAAGACCCCCGACGAAUGCUGUUGGGUUAG